UCUCUAGCAAUCUUCACUCUUUUUCUCCCUUAUCUAAAACUUUUUUAUUUUUUGUAUUUUUUUUUUCAAUUUUCAGUUGACAAAUUUGUUGAAAUUCCAUCCAAGUCCCAAUCGUUGACAAUCCACGACCACCGCAUCCACGUCAGAGCUCUGUGCUUUUUGGUGUUCUUCUUCUCUCUCUAGCUGUGCUUUUGCACUAUUCACAAGCAUCUUGAUUUUUGGCGUUGAUUUCACAUCUGGGUUCCAGUCGUAGUGGUGGAGUGCGGGACUGGAAAAAGGGUAUUUUGAGUGUUGGGGAAGUCUCCUAUUUUUGAUCUUGAUUUGUCGGUUGGUGUUUUUUUUUUUUUUUUUUUUAGGGAAGCUUUUUCUGUGUUUUACUUUAUGGGUCUGUAAAUGGGUUCUCUGGAAAAUGGGGUUCCGGUGAAGAGAGACCCUCUUCUUCGCUCUUCGUCGAACAAAGGCUCGGCUUUUCAGAGACCCAUUGUGAGAUUUUCAAGGUUUUUGUUCUUCAGGAAGCUAGAUUACCUCCAAUGGGUGUGCACAGUGGCGGUGUUCUGCUUCUUUGUGGUUCUAUUCCAGAUGUUUUUGCCGGGUUUGAUAAUGGAAAAAUCAGGGGAGUCAUUGAAAAAUAUGGAGAAUGGUUAUGGGGAUUUGAGUUUUAUCAAGAAUAUUGGUGGGUUAGAUUUUGGGGAAGGUAUUAGAUUUGAGCCAUCAAAGCUCCUUCAGAAGUUUCAGAAGGAGGCUGAUGAGGUAAAUCUCUCUUCUGCUUCAAGGCUACGACACCGUUUUGGAUACAGAAAGCCCCAGCUUGCUCUGGUUUUCCCGGAUCUGUUGGUUGAUCCACAGCAAUUACUGAUGGUGACUGUGGCAUCCGCAUUGCUGGAAAUGGGGUACACUAUUCAGGUGUAUUCACUUGAAGAUGGUCCUGUAAAUGCCAUUUGGAGAAAUGUAGGAUUUCCAGUCACAAUUAUCAGAAGCAAUGCCAAGUCAGCGGCUGUUGUAGACUGGCUAAAUUAUGAUGGCAUAAUUGUGAAUUCUCUUGAAGCCAGGGGUGUUGUUUCUUGUUUUGUGCAGGAACCUUUCAAGUCUUUACCACUUAUAUGGACCAUCCCUGAAGGGACACUUGCUACACGUUUGAGACAAUACAAUUUGACUGGCAAGAUUGAGCUUGUAAAUGAUUGGAAAAAAGUCUUCAAUCGUGCUACUGCUGUUGUCUUUCCAAAUUAUGUCCUGCCGAUGAUUUACUCCACAUUUGAUUCUGGAAAUUAUUUUGUUAUUCCGGGUUCUCCUGCUCAAGCAUGGGAAGUGGAUAACUUCAUGGCAUCACAUAGAGAUAGCCCACGUGUCAAGAUGGGUUAUGGACCUGAUGACUUUGUUAUUGCACUUGUCAGAAGCCAAUUUUUGUACAAAGGUUUGUGGUUGGAGCAUGCCCUCAUUUUACAGGCUUUAUUGCCACUUGUUGCGGAGUUUCCAGUUGACAAUAAUUCCAACUCUCAUCUCAAAAUCCUUAUCACAAGUGGAAAUUCAGCUAAUAACUACAGUGUGGCUGUGGAGGCCAUUGCUCUUAAUUUACGAUAUCCAAAGGGUGUUGUGAAGUACAUAGCCAUUGAUGUGGGGGAAGCAGACAAUGUUCUAGCUGCUGCUGAUAUAGUGAUAUAUGGAUCCUUCCUAGAAGAGCAAUCAUUUCCAGACAUUUUGAUAAAAGCCAUGAGCUUUGGGAAACUGAUCAUAGCUCCAGAUCUCUCCAUUAUCAAGAAAUACGUUGAUGACAGGGUAAACGGCUAUCUUUUCCCAAAGGAGAAAAUUAGUGUUCUGACACAGGUCAUAUUGCAAAUGAUCUCUGAAGGGAAAUUAUCACCGUUAGUUCAUAAUAUUGCAUCACUUGGAAAAAGCACUGCAAAGAACCUGAUGGUUAUGGAAACUGUUGAAGGGUAUGCUUCACUGCUUGAAAAUCUCCUUAAGUUCCCAUCUGAAGUUGCAUCUCCCAAGGCUGUGACAGAAAUCCCUCCCAAAUUGAAAGAGGAAUGGCAAUGGAAUCUAUUUGCAGCAAGUGGACAUUCAACAUAUACAAAUAGAACUUCAAGAAGUCACAGAUUCUUAGACAAGUUUGAGGAGCAGUGGAGCCAAUCUCAAACAGGGGGUUCUGUGACUACAGAUGAAUCAUUCCCAUAUAGUAUCUGGGAGGAGGAGAAAUUAAUUGGAAUUGCUAAUGCUAAAAAGAGAAGAGAGGAGGAUGAGUUGAAGGAUAGAACCGAUCAACCUCGUGGAUCAUGGGAGGACGUAUAUCGAAGUGCCAAAAGGGCUGAUCGGGCAAAGAAUGAUUUGCAUGAAAGAGACGACGGGGAGCUUGAAAGGACAGGUCAACCGUUGUGCAUUUAUGAGCCUUACUUUGGGGAAGGAACUUGGCCUUUUUUGCAUGCUACUUCACUUUAUCGAGGAAUUGGGCUGUCCACCAAAGGUCGUAGACGCGAAGCUGAUGAUAUUGAUGCACCUUCUCGCCUUCCACUUCUUAACAACCCUUACUACCGAGAUGCCCUUGGAGAGUAUGGGGCCUUUUUUGCAAUAGCUAACAGAGUUGACCGUAUUCACAGAAAUGCUUGGAUAGGUUUUCAAUCUUGGAGGGCAACAGCAAGGAAUGCAUCAUUGUCUAAGAUAGCUGAAACUGCACUGUUAAAUGCUAUCCAAGCACGAAAGCAUGGGGACACACUCUACUUCUGGGUUCGCAUGGACAUGGAUCCUCGAAACCCUUCACAACUGGAUUUUUGGUCAUUUUGUGAUGCUAUAAAUGCUGGAAAUUGCAAGUUUGCUUUCUCAGAGGCUCUUAAGAAGAUGUAUGGCAUAAAGCGAGAUUGGGAUUCCUUACCACCUAUGCCUGUAGAUGGAGAUACAUGGUCUGUCAUGCAGAGCUGGGCUUUGCCAACCCGAUCCUUCCUAGAGUUUGUAAUGUUCUCAAGGAUGUUUGUGGAUGCAUUGGAUGCACAGAUAUACAAUGACCACCAUCAAAGAGGGCACUGCUAUCUGAGUUUGUCCAAGGACAAGCAUUGCUACUCUCGGGUGCUUGAGUUACUCAUAAACGUUUGGGCAUAUCAUGGUGCAAAGCGAAUGGUGUACGUGAAUCCUAAGACAGGCGAGAUGCAUGAACACCAUAAAUUGAAGAAUCGUAGAGGUCAUAUGUGGGUAAAAUGGUUCUCAUACGCCACCCUAAAGAGCAUGGAUGAGGACUUGGCUGAGGAGUCAGAUGAUGACCACCCCAUGAGACGGUGGUUGUGGCCCUCAACAGGUGAGGUCUUCUGGCAAGGUAUAUACUUGAGAGAGAGGAAUCAGAGACUACAGCAAAAAGAGAAGAGAAGGCAACAAAGCAAAGACAAACUCUCGAGGAUGAGAAGACGAUCCCACCAAAAAGUAAUAGGCAAGUAUGUGAAGCCUCCACCUGAAGACGUGGAAAAUUCAAACUCAACAACGGUAUAGAAAUUGGUGUUAUGGGGUUUGUUGACCCUUGAAAGCUAGAGUCUAGUUUGAUCAUUCUUUUCUUCUUCAUAUUUAACCUUCUUUUAUUCCUUGAUUUUUGUCAAAAGGAUGCAUAGAUUCGUAUUCCAUUCUGUAUGUGAGGGCUUUGUAUGUAACAACUGCAUCCUUCUGGUCACGAGGGCUUUUGAAUGCUUCAAAUAUGCAAAAUGUAUACUAGUGUUUUUCCCAUUCUGUGCCAAUUUCUUCUGAAUUCACUGGUU